AUGAACCUAAAGCUCAUAUUCUCAGAUAUCCUACAGAAAUCGCUCUCCUUGCUGGGGUUUGCAGUUAUCUCUAAAGUAUGUUGCGAGGAGAAGUUUGAUUGGCUGAUUACAGGUUUUUCUUUAUCAACACUGCCAAAUACCUUAAUUGUUGGAAUCCCGUUGCUGAAAGGAAUGUAUGGUGAUGAAGCUGUGAAGCUGCUAAGUCAGAUAGUUGCCUUACAAAGCCUAAUUUGGUACACAAUUCUGUUGUUUCUGUUCGAGUUUCGGGCUGCUAGAGGAAUGGCCAUCACAACAUCAUCUGAACCUACAAAUGAAGCAGAAUCAGGCACUCUGGAACCUAUGCAGCAAGGACACGAAGAGGGACAAGCUAAAGGAGUAUCGGCAAAAUGUUAUGGUGCUUUUCACUUUUUAUUGGUGGUCGGUAGGAAGCUAGUGACAAAUCCCAACAUGUAUGCAAGCCUAAUCGGCCUAAUCUGGGCUCUAGUCAGCUUCAGGUGGCGAAUACAGUUACCAUCGAUUGUCAACAAUUCCAUAAGAAUACUUUCAGAUGGAGGGCUAGGGAUGGCAAUGUUCAGCUUAGGCCUUUUCAUUGCCCUACAAACUAAAAUUGUGGCCUGUGGAACCAAAAAGAUGCUACUAUCACUAGGCAUCAGAUUCUUCCUAGGACCAGCCCUGAUGGUGAUCUCUUCCUAUGCAAUCGGGAUGCGCGGAACUCUGCUGAAGGUGGCCAUAAUUCAGGCUGCUCUACCUCAAGGAAUAGUCCCAUUUGUGUUUGCCAAAGAGUAUAAUGUGCAUGCAGAUAUUCUGAGCACUGCUAAAUGCAAAAGAAGGAAGAGGGACGCGCGGAACAUUCACCUUCCAUGCCGUGUUCAUCACAUGCAUUCUGUCGAGCAGAUGGCGCGCCUGCUCUUGAGUCCUGAAUCUCUAUUGCUAGCAGCCUUGCGCCCUACCCUGCGCUGCAUUCGGGCUCUCUCUAGAUCAGCUUGGCGCCUUGGCAUGAUCACAGUACCUGGAGCGUGUGCUCUUUCUGCGUUCACAUUACCUGCAUUGCACACUCUGAACGCCGAAUUCGUUCAGAGCUGA